AAGAAAAAGAAGACGUCUUCUGUUUACAAAAUUAACGUUUUUAUUAUUUUUUUCAAGGAAAUGAUAACGGCGCAUUUUACUUGCCCGUUUACAAAAGCUUGAAAAAAAGCUCCCGAAACGCCGACCGCGGUUGUCAUGUAAAAAAAACCCACAGGGAACGCGCAGUUUCUGCUUCUAGACAGUUUCGUGGACUCGGCCCCUCAGUGAAAUUUUCUUCUCGAACCACACAGCGAUUCACCUUUAGUGAAGCUCCUCCCACAGCGAUUCACCUUAAGUGAAGCUCCUCCCACAGCAAUCCACCUUUAGUAAAGCUCCUCCCACAGCGAUUCACCUUUAGUGAAGCUCCUCCCACAGCGAUUCACCUUUAGUGAAGCUCCUCCCACAGCAAUCCACCUUUAGUGAAGCUCCUCCCACAGCAAUCCACCUUUAGUGACGCUCCUCCCACAGCGAUUCACCUUUAGUGAAGCUCCUCCCACAGCGAUUCACCAGUAAAUGCUGGAAUAUUUUCAUCAGCCUACAAGUGAAGACAGAGUUUAUUAAAGAAAGUCGAAAACAUGGCUGAUCCAGAUCCCUGCGGAAUAAAACAGGAAGACACUGAAGAAAAAAUAGAUCUGAUAGAAGAGAACAAGGAGAUUGAAGGACUGACUGAAGUGGAAGAGAAACAUCAUGUAAAAACUGAAGAGACAACCUCAAGUCCCUCAUUGAAAAGAAGAGAUGAAAUAUGUUUCACUUGCCCUCAGUGUGAAAAGAUUUUCUCAUGCAAGCAAAAUCUUGAUAUUCACAUAAAAUUUCAUUUUGAAGGAUUUUCAGAAGACCUGAAGGACCACCUGAAAGUUUAUACAAAGGAGAAGCCUUAUGUAUGUAAUUUAUGUGGAAAGAGUUUUAGUCUGAUGAAUGCAUUUAAACUGCACCAGAUCAGACACAGCGGUGUAAAGGAUCAUGCUUGCUCUGAAUGUGGGAAGACUUUUUUUACAGAUGGAGCACUGAAAGUACACCUGAUAGUUCACACUACAGAAACACCUUACAAGUGUUCACACUGUGACAAAAGAUUCAAACGGUCAAUAUAUAUGAAAAGGCAUGAGAGAAUCCACACUGGAGAGAAGCCGUACACAUGUGCUCAAUGUGGGAAGAGCUUCAGACUAAAAGGAAUCCUUAAUGAUCACAUGAAAAUCCAUACUGGAGAGAAGUCUCACACAUGUGAUCAAUGUGGAAAAAGUUUUGCACAGAAAGGAAAUCUUAAAGAACACAUGAAAAUCCACACCGGACUGAAGCCACACACAUGUGAUCAGUGUGGGAAGAGUUUCAGACUAAAAGGACUUCUUAAUGAUCACAUGAAUAUCCACACUGGAGAGAAGCCGCAUACAUGUGAUCAGUGUGGAAAGACUUUCGCACAAAAAGCAAACAUUAGCAAACACAUGAAAGUGCACACUGGAGAAAAGCUGCACACAUGUGAUCAAUGUGGAAAGAGUUUUUCACAAAAAGGAAACCUUAAAGAGCACAUUAAAAUCCACACUGGAGAGAAGUUGCACACAUGUGAUCAGUGUGGGAAGAGUUUCAGACAUAAAGGAAACCUUAAAAAACACAUGAAAAGCCAUAUUGGGGAGAAGCCACACACAUGUGAUCAGCAUGGGAAGAGUUUGAGUUGUAAAAUAAACCUGCUUACUCAUUCUAAAGAAAGACGAUAUAACUCUGACCAGUGCAGUACAAAAAAAGUCAGGGCAGAUUUCCUGAAGGACCACCUGAAAGUUGAGAAGCCUUACAUAUGUGAUUUAUGUAGAAAGAGUUUUAGUCAGAUGGGUGCAUUAAAAAGACACCAGAAAAGACACAGCGGUGUGAAGGAUCAUGCUUGCUCUAAGUGUGGGAAGACUUUUUUUACAGAUAGUGACCUGAAAGUGCACAAGACAGUUCACACUACAGAAACACCUUACAAGUGUUCACACUGUGACAAGAGAUUCAAACGGAAAGAAAAUCUAAAAAUACAUGAGAUGAUCCACACUGGAGAGAAAACACAUAAACAUUUUAUCAAAAUUUUUGCACGAAAUGGAAAUCUUCACAAACACAUGAAAAUCCACACCGGAGAGAAGCCGCACACUUGUGAUAAUGUGCAGUGUGGGAAGAGUUUCACACAAAAAGCACUCCUUAAUGUUCACAUGACCAUCCACACUGGAGUGAAGCCGUACACAUGUGAUCAAUGUGGAAAGAGUUUCAGAAUAUCAAGUGUUUUUAAAAUGCAUCUGCGUACUCAUUCUAAUGAAAGACUCUAUAACUGUGACCAGUGUGGUAAACAUUUCUUUAGGACAAGUGCCCUAAACAGGCAUCUAAAAGUUCAUACAAAGGAGAAGCCUCACGAGUGUUCUGUGUGUGGAAAGAGUUUUAGUGAGCGGGAUGCUUUAAAAAUACAUCAGAAAAGACACAGCGGUGUGAAGGAUCAUAUUUGCUGUGAGUGUGGGAAGGCUUUUUUUACAGAUGCUGAAGUGAAAAUGCACCAGAGAAUUCACACUACAGAAACACCUUACAAGUGUUCACACUGUGACAAGACAUUUAAACGGUUAGUAUAUCUUAAAGUACACAAGAGGAUCCACACUGGAGAGAAGCCGUAUCACUGCCAUUCAUGUGCCAAGAGUUUCACUCAGUUAUCUUCUCUAAUCUGUCAUAAGAAAAAGAUGCACAUCUGAAAUUACAGUAAGUAGUUUGUGUCUUUUUAAUAAACUUUGAAUAAACUGAAUUGAUCUUCAAAUUUUCUGUCUUCCUCAAAAGUUAUCAAUACACCAGUUUUGCUUAGGACUGAAACAGAAAAA